AGAAUUGCCAAACUUCUCAAUAUUACUGAUUUUAAAGCAUCUGAAGGUUGGUUAACUAAUUUUAAAAGGCGUGCUAAUUUAAGACAAUUUGUACAUCAUGGAGAAGCAAAUAGUGCACCUCUUGAAAAUAUUCCAAGAUUCUGA